AUGAUCCCUCAACCUGCCUCCUCGCUGUUCGCUCCGCCACCUACACUACCGACCAACUAUGGACAGCCCCGUCAAGCCCACCCGAACGCGCCCCACCUCAAGACACCCCUCACUCAAGCCCAAACCCUCGAAUCGCAACGCAAAGACCUCCUCAUCCAAGUAAACGCUCUCCGCCUCGAACGCGCGGACCUCCUCUACAAGCUCUCCAUUGCGAACGGCUACCUCAACUCUGCCCAAAGGCAGCUCAGUACUUUCCACGUGCAAUGUAAUAUGCUUGCAGGAGAGGCCCGUGAGCGGCGGUUGAGGUACAUUCGCGAGAUCUGUCCGGAUGUAGGGUUCUUCGAUUCGGAGAGGAUGCAAGUUCGGGUCGCGAAUGUGUCGGAGAGUAUGCUGCCGCGGUUCAAAACGAGCGUACGAAACUACGCGGUGAAGCGCGGCGAUCUCGAAACACCUGUACCCAUAGCGGUCGUCUUCGCUCACCGGCCCCCCUCCUCUCUCCCGCUAUGCAUCAAACAGAUCGCCUCACACGGGUACUGGUUCGCACCUAUCGGCCUACCCUCACCUGGACAAGUUUUCGAGCUCCUUGUCGAAUGCAGCCCAGAACGAUGGAUGUGCAUCGGUCGCUACGAGCACUUCGCGCUCUCUCAGGCGUAUGGCAUGAGCUUGUCCGAAUGGGCCGGGCUAGACGAAGACGUACGCGUUCCACCACACUCGUAUCGAACAUUCGCUGAUAAGUUCGUGGAUAUAGACGAGGAAUCACCAGGCUUUACGUAUGCUUUCUAA